AUGGCGGAGCAGGAUGGAAACGCAGCGACGCCCUCCGCGCUCGCUCUCUUCGCCUCCCGCCUCUCCUGUCGCAGGUUCGGGGACGAGGACCUCCGGGUGCUGCUGUCCGCCGGCGCUGACGUCCCCGCGCUGCUCGCCACGCGCUCGGCGGCCCGGAGUCUGCUUCAAGCAAGCGCGGCGGAGGCAUUCGCGUUCACCGCGACGGGUUCAGUGAUGGAUGGUGGGACCAGCCUCGCCGUCGCUGACUUCUUUUCACGCGCCUUCGCGCUCGUAGGCGAUGUCGAGAGCUGCCUUGCCAUGAGAUACGAGGCCCUGUUGCUUCGAGACGCUAAAUACUGCAACGAUCUUCACUUGCAAGUGUCCCGUCAGGAGUGGUUAACUUUCGCAAAGGACUCUCUUGAUAAUGGCUUCUACACCAUUGCCUCCAAGGCUUUUGCAAAUGCUCUUGGGCACAUUCAUCCAAGCCACCCAGGGCACUUGGACUCUGCUAAUGCCAUCGAGGAGAAGGACAAGAUCAAUGAUAUAACAGGACUCCAGAACUUGGCCAAGUCAUUAUCUGCACAGCAUUCUGGUGAGUUUUCAAUGCCAUGGAUUGCUUAA